CGCGAGUUCAGAACCCAACUUGAUCCGCUUUUCCAUGUUGCUGAAUGUACCGUUAUGCACUGAUCCUACGUUGGCAUGGCUACAUGUAGUUUCUUUUUCCACAAUACUGCAGCGAAAUCAGAAACAAGUGACCAAGCAUCCCCACGUCAAUAAAUAAUGCAAUAAAGUUGGCUUGAUGUUGGACAUUCUUUAUUCACAAAUAGUCGCAAAUUUAGGGACCGUCUCUAAAGGUACAGGCAACAUUGGAGCAUACAUAUCCAAAACAUUUCCAUAACAUAGAGUUAACAACUUCAGUAACAUUUAAAGCAAAUGACUUACAGGCAUACAACCAACUCCAAGGUGUGCAUGUAGGUGUCAGCAAUAAUGCACACCUUUUAGAUUUUUGAUAUAAUAAUAAUACAAAUAAAAAAGUCAAAUUAUAUGUAAGCAUUUCUAUAUUCAUCAGUAUUGUAAUAGGCCUUGGUGUCGGGAUCUGGAUUUUAUUUAAUGGAAAAUUGGAUCAAGUUGGGUUCUGGACUCGCGACUACAUUGGUACAGCUAGUAAAAACAUGCAUCAAACAUCCACACCAACCCAGCCUUGUUUUUUUGUUUUUUUUAGAUAUGCAGCCAAUAACCUACAAACAAGGAAGUCUUAAAUAAUGCCUAAACUAACUUAAAUUCAGCUCAAUACAUGUGCUAAAUGACUAUGACAAUGAUCUACUCGGACAACACAUUGUUUCCUAGAGCUGGCAGAAAAUACUCAAAACAGACACAAGCAGCAUAUCUAUCAACCACAAAUAAUAUAAUAUUGAGCAGCUGCCAUUGGAGUUACAUUGAAGUGACGUCACCUCCCCUCUUCGAAUGAUUGGUGUGAGAGAAGUUGACCUCUCAGCACCUCUCAGUUGACCUAUUAUUUGAUAUAUUUAAGCAAGCUGACAUUUCACAGCUAGUACUCAGGUCCUAUUUUCAUAAUGCGUGUGUGUGUGUGUGUGUCAGUAACGGAAAUCAUGUGGAAAGGGUUUCCUGUUUUUGUCUGAGUGUCUGAGGUUAAAAGUUGAACAUCACUCUUCUAUUCUAGAAAAUUUGGAUUCAUUUACAUAAUUAAUACAGAAUCUGUAUGUAUGUCUUUUUCAAAUAAGGUAAUGACUGAUCUCAUUGGAUAAUGUAGUUAGUGUAUUGCUUUUCCUGUUCUAACAAAGGUAUAUAAUGCUGUGCUGAACAAUAUAGUACGAGAAAUCUCUGAUGCAUACUUAAGUGUCUGUGUCAUUCAUUUCUCCCCUCGCGAGGAUCCGGAUCGAGACAGCAACUGCAGACCUGACUUGAUACUUAGGGGCCAGUCCUGAAAAUUCCUGACAACAGGCUAGAGGAGGAGCUGUCGAUCAAGAACUAGCGGACCAAUAGGGAUGCAAAAUGCCCCGUGAUUUACAUGAAACUCUACUCACAAGUUCUGGAAAACCAACAGCAGAACUUGGAAAUAAAAACAAAGAACAAUACAGCGUGAGCGUACAAAAAAUGAAAAUAUGAGCAAAAUUGUCAGAGAGCACAAAAAACAAAGGAAAACAUGAUUUUGUUUGCAAUUCUGAUGACUUUGCUUUAAUUUUUCUUUUGUUUUUUUGUUGUUGUUUUUUUGCAGUAUAUUUUAAAUGUGUUUAUAUAUUUUUGAUUCAUGCUUGUUAUUUUUUAAUCUGUGCUAAUUAUUUUAAUCUGUGCCUUUUAUUUAUAUUUGCUUAUUAUUUUUUGAUUCACACUUAUUAUUUUUGGAUCCAUGACCGCAAUACAUUUGAUGUGAUUUUGAUCCCAUCAAUCCCAACUAGUCUGAAAUCAUCACACAGAUAAGAUUUGCAUUGCAAAGUCGUGUUUUGUUUAAAGUGAAAUGCAAAACUGCUCAUGGUCCUUGUUUAUCUUUCCAUUCAUGUAUGACCAUCUUUAAAACAAUGUUACCAACUGCUGUAGUUUUGAGAGAAAUUAUUUUCUCAUUAAAUGGAGCCAUAUGUAGGGUACCACCAUCUUUAUUUUGUGUAUUGUUUAAUGCAAAGCAUCAUUUUCAGUGUUUUUGGACUAAACAUCACCAGACUAUCAAUGUGACCAUCCCGUUGCAGUAUUAUGUUUGACCACACUCAUGAAAAUGAAAGGAAAUUUUCUCAGAACAAAGCAACUGUGAUAUUGUUACAAAUCGCUACAAAUAGCAAAGUUGUUAGCUUAACUACUUUUCUCAGUAGUGAGGUGGUAGCUUCGCUAGUUUUUAAAACAAGUAGCUUUUCAGUAGCGAAGCCAUUUUAAUGAUUAGGUAGUGGCAUAGCGUUGACAAGAGCUACAAUGCUACAUCAUGCUGUAUGCCCUGUGUUUAACGUCGCAAGUUUUGAAUCUGAACUAAAGAUGUCUGAUUCACAAAUUAAUCACCCCUUUGAGUCGGUUCUUUACAAUGUAUUGAAAAUGGUCUAAAUUUUUUUGCGAUUCAAUCUGAAUGACUCUGAUUACUUGCUGGGGCCACACUAGCAGACUCAAAACAACUUGAUUUGAGUGGGGUGUGACAGACAUAGUGACUGUUUUUGCUGAUAAUGUCCUCCUAGUUGGUGAGCCUGUCAGACUUACCGAUUAAUAACAGAGCGAAGGUGUCACACUUAACAACUGCCUUUGAGUUUUCUCCACGCUUCACUAUCACGCCCCGUUUCCGCAGCCCAUUUUCAAUUUAACCUGAAGCUUUUGAAUACACAGGUAUUUUUCAAUAUUACUCCAAGAGUCUGCAGCAUCUGCUAUGUUUUGUUGUUUGUUUGUCACAGCAUACCGACAAGCAGGGAUAGCAGUCUCUAAUGGCCGAACAAAAUCAAAGCCUAAUUUCUUCCAGGGACCAUAAGGUAGCGGAACAGGUCGUAGAGGAGCUGGGAAUCACUAAAGUGACUCCAGUGACUCUGGUUACAUUCUCCACCACCGUAUGGUACAUGUCUUAGAGACAGGCUCUGAACACUGGAAUACCUGCAAUUAGGUGUGUGUGACUGUGGAUGUGGAGAGGGGUCGUGAUCCAAGGUUUAAAAUGUCAAAAAACACUCUUACCCACCUUAUUGAACUUGGGAUGCCUCUGAAAUGUGUUGCCAAACUACUGGGAGUCUCUUGAGCAACAUUGUUUAGGAGGUUGGCUGACAAGAAUAUGUCAGUAAGAGCACUGUAUAGUACCUGUACUGAUGAUGAGCUGGCGACAGAGGUGAAGAACUCUAUACCAGAUGCUGGAUAACAGAUGGUCUGAGGGGCUCUCCUGACACCAACCACAAACUAAUCAGGUAUGUCUGCAUGCCUUUCUUUAUAUCACAAUUGUAAUGUGUAUUCACAUUGGGGGAAUGAUUGCAAAGUACUUUCAAAGUGUAGUUGGUAAAAUUAAAAAAUCUCUCAUUUUCAGGUACAACAAAUACACACUACUGCUAUUUACACUGGCUUUCUGACUCAACAUCCUGAGAUGCUAUGAACUCAACAGUGUGUUCUCAGGGAAAAUGUGUGUCAUGUUUGUGAGCAAUUUAUUUCUUGGCACUUACAAUGUUUCAAGUGAUGUCAUAUUUUAUUAGGUACAACAUUAUAAUCUAUGUGGGAAUAGAUAGUUAUUCGUGAAAGGUACGAUUUUUCUUGUUUUUCCUGUUUCCGUGUUUAUCCUGCCUUGUAUUCUGUUUUAUUGUUAUCAAAGAAGCUGUGUUUAGAUCCUGCUCCUGUGACCUCCUUCAUUGCAACAGAACAACCGACCUCACGAAAUGGAUCUAGCGGUUCCCUUUAUUCAGCUGAGCCGAGCAAACUUACCCGUCCAAGAAUACUCACGUCCAUCCUGGCCAAAUACGUGGAAUUUUCUGAUUCUACACUGAAAUUCAUGUAUCAGAUUGGACUUAUUUCUCACUAGUGGAGGGAGUUGCUGGCGACCAGAGAUUACACGUGGGAGGAAUAUGUUGCACUGGUAUUAGAAACAUUCGCUUCAGCAGAUCCUCCUCAAUCAAUCCCGGUUUCCGAGUCAGCCAUGCCUGAAUCUGCUCCAUGCCAUGUUCCAGUCAAGUCUGAGUCUGCUCCACAUCAUGUCCCAGUCAAGUCUGAGUCUGUUCCACGUCAUGUCCCAGUCAAGUCUGAGUCUGCUCCACACCAUGUCCCAGUCAAGUUUGAGUCUGCUCCACACCAUGUCCCAGUCAAGUCUGAGUUGGUUUCACACCAUGUCAUAACCUGGCCUUCCGCGACUCCCUGCUUGAAGCCCUUCUCGGCCCUUGUCUCUAAGUUGAAUUAUCCACCACUGAUGUUGAUGUGUUUGGUCACGAAGACCCUUUCUCACAGCUUGUCAGUACUCCUGCCUGCCACAGGCAAUGAGCUGCCAGCCUCGUCCAUCCCAGAGCCUGCGCUGCCAGCCUCGUCCGUCCCAGAGCCAGCACUGCCAGCCUCUUCUGUCCCAGAGCCUGCGCUGCCAGCCUUGUUCAUCCUAGAGCCUGCGAUGCCAACUUCGGCCUCCUGGAGGAGGAGGAGGAGAAAGCCUUCUGUUCCCGAGUCUCUGCCCAAGUUCACGACCAUGGAGGUCAUUUACGAGUCUCUGUCCAUGCCCAUGACCACAGAGGUCGCUCCCGAGACUCUGCUCAUGUUCGCGACCACUGAGGUUAUUUCCCAGUCAUCCUGGACUCUUAGGCUCGAGCCUACCAUGGCUCCGCCUUCCACGGCUUCGCCCCUCGAGCCACCUAUGGCUCUGCCUUCCACGGCUCCGCCCCUUGAGCCUGCCAUGGCUCCGCAUUCCACGGCUCCAGUCUCUAGACUGUGGUCAUCUCCCAGGUCUCCUGACCCUGUUUCAGCCCUGUGGCCAUAACCAGGCCUUCUGAUCCAGUCCCUAUCCUGAGGUGGCCUUCUGGAUCUCCUGGUCAUCUGCCUGAUCUGCUCUGGUAUCCCUGGUCUCAUGGCCAUCUGCCUGAUCUGCUCUGGUCUUCUGGAUCUCCUGGCCAUCUGCCUGAUCUGCUCUGGUCUCCUAGAUCUCCUGGCCAUCUGCCUGAUCUGCUCUAGUCUCCUGGGUCUCCUGGCCAUCCACCAGAUCUGCUCUGGUCUUCUGGAUCUCCUGGCAGUCUGCCUGAUCUGCUCUGGUCUCCUGGGUCUCCUGGCCGUCCACCUGAUCUGCUCUGGUUUCCUUGGUCUCUUGGCCGUCUGCCUGCUCUGCUCUGGUCUCCUUGGUUCCCUGGUCAUCUACCUGAUCUGAUCUGGUCUCCUGGGUCCUCUGGCCACCAGCUUAAUCUGCUCUGGACUCUUUGUUCUCCGGCUCCAUCUUGGCCCUGCCUCCCCUUCCUGCCCUCCUUGGGUGUCAGGAGCCGCCCAUUAAGGGAGUGGCGGGGGGGUUAUGUUACGAUUCUCUGUUUUUUUGCCCUGUGUUUAACCUCUGUCAUCUGCUUCCCCGUGGACUACACUUCCCAUGAUUCCCUGCCCUAAUCGUUACCAGCUGUUUCCUAUUGUUUUCACCUGUUACAUUUACCUAAUUAUUCCCUUAUGUAUAUAUUGCCCUGAUUUCUGUUCACCUUUGUCAGUUGUUAAUGUUUCUCCCCUGUUCAUGCUCCGGCUCAGUCCUGUUUGUUUACUUUUGUUUUACUUCCUGGUUUCCUGUCUUGCCCUGUUUCCUCAUUUAUCCUGCCUUGUAUUCUGUUUUAUUGUUAUUAAAGAAGCUGUGUUAGAUCCUGCUCCUGUGACCUCCUUCAUUCCAACAGUACCUAAAGGUAGCAAACAACAGUCGCUCUGACACCCAUUUGGAUUGAGGCUGUGAGUGAAUGUGGGUUUCCAAUGAGGUAACAGUAUGUAUUAAAAUAGAAACAUAUAUAUUUGCCAAACUUUACUGUUGUCACACAAUACUGCUGUUUUCUCUGCUUAACCUGUUAGUCCAUAAUCAAUUGUGUGUAACUGUAAUGCAUUGUAAUGUUUGAUGCUCUGUUUGUAGACUAAGAGGUGAUCAUGGAGGUGAAAAUGUAGAAGUAGCACAGCUAAUGUUUUCAGUUCGUAGAACUGACAACAACUGCUUCAAUGCUAGUAAAAGUGUUCAUAAUCACAGGUGUGUGGCAGCGGGGGUGUGGUCAAGCAUCUCUCCGGAGAGAGAGAAAGCGGUAAGGGUGCUUACACCUGAGCUAAAUUAUGUCUAACACCUGUCUCUAAUUUCAGUGAGCACGGGGAGAGCGGCAUAAAUAGAGCUACACAGCACUUAGUGGAGAGAGAGACUGGAUACGACAGAGCCGAGCCAGAGCAAGGAUUUUUUAGUAGUGAAAGCAGUGUGUGUUAGUGUUUAGUUUAGUGCGUAAAGGUAAACUGUAAGCUGGUGUCGUGAAGAGGGGAAA